AUGACCUUUACAAUUGAGAAGGAGGUGUUUGGCAUAGAUCAUACUACCUUCGUCUUGCAUGAAGAUAUUACCCAAUUUGCUAGCAUGGAAGAAAUUGGGGCUACUGUGGUUGCAGUAUAUAUGAGGUGCCUAUUUGAUAAUUUGAAAGCUGCAAAUAUGGUGAACAUGGUUGGCUUUAUCGACCCUGCUCUAGUUAGUGCCGACGCUGGUUCAUUAACUGAAAGAUCACAUGUCGUAGCCAAUCGAGUUCAAAAAGCAGAUGGUGAACAGAUUUUCCUGAUGCCUUACAAUCCAGGCUGUCAUUGGGUCUUGAUCAUUGUGAGAGCAAAAAAGGAGACCGUCUCUUUUCUGGAUCCACUGCCUGGAAAUCGAGUUGUGGAUGAGGACGGGAAAAACAUAGUGAACAGUGCUCUAAAAAUGUAUAAUACACACAUAGGCAGAAUAGGCCGUAAAGCACCUCUUUGGAAAACUCUGUUUGGCACACCAAAGCAACCAAGCAGUGUAGAAUGCGGGUAUUAUGUCAUGCGCUUUAUGAGAGACAUCAUAAAGGAUACUUCCCUGGAAUUUGAGAAGAUGUUUGCGAAUGGAAAGGAUCAAGCGCCAUACCCACAAGAAGCCAUUGAAGAAGUUAGGAAAGAAUGGGCAGAGUUUGUUUGUGUUCAUAUGGAGUAG